CGGGUCCGGCAGGAAACGAAACUUCUCCUGUUACACCAUCUGCAGGGAGCCAUGGCUGCAGCAGGGAAUCCUGUGAAGAGCCUCCGAGAUGAAGCUACUUGCUCCAUCUGUCUGAGUUUUUUCAUGGAUCCAGUGAUUAUAGACUGUGGGCACAAUUUCUGCCGAGUCUGCAUCACCCAGUGCUGGGAGGGACCAGAUACAGCCAUCUCCUGCCCUCAGUGCAGAGAGACCUUUCCCCAGAGGACCCUGAGGCCGAACAGACAACUGGGGAACAUGGUAGAAAUCGCCAAGCAGCUGAGUGUCCCAGCAGCAGCAGCAGCAGGAGGAGAUUUGUGCAACGCGCACCAGGAGCCUUUCAAACUCUUCUGUAACCAGGACCAAAUGCUCAUCUGUGUGAUCUGCAGGGAGUCCCAGGCGCACCACGCUCACAGGGUGGUCCCUACAGAGGAGGCUGCCCGGGAGCACAAGGAGCAAAUUCAAACCCGACUGAACACGCUGAAGCAAGAGAGAGAAGAACUUCUGGAGUGGAAACAGGCUGGAGAGAAGCAAAGCCAGGAAUAUCUGGGAAAGAUAGUAGCUGAGAGGCAGAAGAUUGUGUCUGAAUUUGAGCAACUGCGGCAAUUCCUGGAGGAACAAGAGCGACUCCUGCUGGCCCAACUGGAAGAGUUGGACAAGGAAAUUGUGAAGAUACAGGAUGAAAAUGUCACCAAACUGUCUGAGGAGAUUUCCCGUCUCAGUGACUUGAUCAGUGAGAUAGAAGAGAAGUGUCAGCAGCCAACGAGUGAAUUCCUGCAGGACAUCAAAAGCACCUGGAGCAGGUGUGAGAAGCUGAAGUUCGAGAAACCAGUGGCCGUGCCAGAGGACCUGAGAGAGAGAGUCGGCGUCUCUUCUCAAAGAAAUGUUUGUCUACAGGAGGCUCUGAAGAAAUUCAAAGAGACCCUGCCCUAUCAACUGCACUUUCUGAUCUCGAAGGCAGAGAAAGAGGUGCAGACCACUCUGGAUCCAGACCUGGCAAUUCCCUGUCCCAUCAUGUCCACAGAUGAGAGUGUGAUCCAGAAAUACCAACAAAGAGAAUUUCUGGAGAAACAGAACAGGUUUCACCCUGCUGCCUGUGUGCUGGGCUAUAAGGGCUUCACCUCAGGGAGAUGUUACUGGCAAGUGGAGGUGGGGAACAAAGAUGAGUGGGUUUUGGGCAUUGCCAAAGAGUCUGUGAUACAUGAGGGAGCGAUAAGCUGUACACCGGAGGAGGGGAUCUGGGCUUUGCAGAGUACAGGGAAUGAGUACUGGGCCCUCACCUCCCCUAAGACUGCUCUGGACCUACCUCGUAGCCCCAGUAACAUUGGGGUUUACCUGGAUUAUGAAGGGGAGAAAGUUACAUUUUAUGACAUUACAUCUUCUGGCACAGAGCCAAUCUUUACUUUCACAUCUUCUUUUACUGGGAAGAUCAUCCCUUUCUUUGGGAGCCGGCGUGUCGAAUACCAGUAUCAAUUCGUUGUUUAUCCCCAUCAUCUAUUUGAUUAAAACCAUGACAGAGGAGUGGGUAUCACUCUCAAUAUGAGAUAUCUAAGGUAGAGGGAAGAUAUGGGAAAUAUAUAAAUUAUGGCUAUCACAUUGCCAGCCUUAAGCAUAUGAAAAUGAUGUGUCAGGCUCCCCAAAAUCAUGUUUGUCUUAAUCUUUUUUAAUAUUAAGUUUAUUUUUCUCUGCCUUAUGGUUUCUGAGCUUUCUGGAUGUACUUGUUUCCAGUCUUAAAGCUUUUCUACACAAACAUGAAGGCUGGAAAUGUAUCUGUAAUAUAAUCUGUGCUCCCUCAAAUCUAUCAACUCCAGCAGCUGGGACUUUAAGAAAAACACCGAGUGCUGCGAGACUCACAAUAAAAUGGUGACGAGAGAGGAAUUGCUCAGAUUGAAUUGCUCAGCAUUAUACUGGUGACAGAAGUUUCUCAACCCUCUUCCAUGCCUCUCUGUAACUCUGUGAUCCUCCAGGUACACACAGACUGGCCAACCAGGAGCCACUCUCAGGGUCACAGCAAAGCCUGCCUGUCUUAGGGCAGGACUACACUUAAAAUGCUGCAGCGGCACAAACACACUGGUGCCGCUGUAGUGCUUAAGUAAAGACGAUGAUAUGCUGACGGGAGAGCUUCUCCCAUCAGUGUAGUUAAUCCACCUCUGUAAGAGGUGGUAGCUAUGGCAAGGGGAGAAGCUCUCCCGUCAACGUACCGCUGUCUACACCGGGAGUUCAGUCGGUACAACUGCGUUCACUGAGGGGUGUGGAUUUUUCACACCCCUGAGUGACAUAGUUACACCAAACUAAGUUUACAGUGUAGACCUGGCCUAAAUUCUGACUCAAUGAUGGUCAUCCAUCAAAGUCCUCUGCUCUUUACUUAUGAAUGUAACAAGCACAGUGAUGUUCCACACACCCACCCCCCAGUUCCCUAGAUCAAUGCUCCUAUUUUGCUCUGUUUAAUUAUUUGGAUGCUGUAGAUUCAGAUGAGAAAAUUUACAGAAUAAAGUUUUUCUAUCUUCUGG